AUGCCCAUGAACAACAUGAACACCACACAACAUCUCGUCCCCUCGGGGCCAUCCCCUUCCCAGUCCCAUCCCCAGUCCCUCGCCACCACCCGCUCCCAAACCCUUCGGCGUCUCCUCCAUGGCUACGGCUCACUUGAUGUCGCUACUAUCAUCGAGCCCCUCGCUCCACACUUCACGCACGAAGUCCUCCCGCAAUCGCUGGGAAUGCCCGUCAGAGGAAAAGCUGAUUUCGCGCACCAUGCUGCGAUGGUUUUCUCGGCGUUCAAAAGCUUUGAGAUGAAGCCGAUGGAGCUUUGGGAAGAUUCGGAGAAGGGUGAAGUCAUUUUGCGGUGUGCUAUGGAGGGUGUCUUGAAACCCAUGAAAAAGACAGAGACGAAGGGCGAGAAGGAUGAGGGUCAACCAAAGGAGGAGAGUCAAGCAAAGGAAGAUGCGAAAGGAGAUGGGGAAACUGAAAUGGAGGUCAUUCCCCAUGUCGAAAUGAAAGAUGAGGAGUCCAGCUCUGACGAAGACGCCGACCUUGAGCCGGUCGACCCAAGUGGCAUGCUAGGAGACCCAGCCUUACCAAGCCCACCAGGCUCACCAUACAUGCCAGGGACAGUUCUGAGCCCCAUCGCGGAAGUCACCGAGCCCCCAUCGGAAGCGGGCUAUUCCUCGCCAUCAGCCUUCGCUCUCUCCCAGUCAUCUUCUCAGGAAGAAAAGGAACAGACACCGUCACCACCAACAUCAGCCGAAGACUCACGGCGCGCAUCUCCUCCACCCGCUGCUGCUGCCCAAGAAAAGCUGCACCAAGAAAAGCUCCAAGAAGACUCACCACAAUCACCCCAACGAGCCCCUAAAGAAGCUCAGGAGGAAAACACCGACGACCUCCACUGGACAAACGAAUGUCUCCUCAUCAUCUCCUUCACCCCCUGCGGCCAUUUCGUCUCCAGAAUCCAAGAAUUCGUCGAUUCACACAAAGCAGUCGAGAUGAAGAAGAAACACGCUCCCAAAGGCUUCGAUGAAGCUUCAGCACCACCACCACCAACGUAUAAGCCUGCUACGUACAUCAACCUCGAAACACUCAAACUGAAGGAGGUUGCUGUUGCCGGUGGUUACCUUGCACCGUCCGUGACGGUGAUGGAAGUCCCACCCUCGCCUUCGGCGUUGCCGAGUGUGCCGAGUCUUACUUCUUCAGUAUCGAGUCUAGGGACUUCACCAUUGCCACAACGUGCUGAACUUGACCCCGAUGGUCUGCACCGAUUGGAUAUGGGAACACAAUGCGGUAUUGGCAUCGAGCAUCUUGAUACCCUGGACGGUCUAGACACCCUAGACAAAUUCAGUACCACGACGGAGUAUCCUUCUUCUCAACGGGGUUCGCUUUUUCUAGACGCAUUGGCAUGGCAUUCUUCUCAUGGCGCUGAGUAUACGGGAUCUGAGUCCGAAGCCACAGUCGAGGCUGAAGGUGAAGGUGACCCCAACAUCUUCCAACACGUGGGCCAAAAUGCCUCAGCUGUGAACCAGAGAAGAUUCAAAAGACUGCGUUUCGCCUCACAAGUGGAAGAUAUUGGUUAUCUCGCUUCUGCUAGCUCCAUGUCCUCGGGUAGCUCCACAAAUUUUCCCGACUCGGUCGCUGGUUCUGACUCGGCGAGAGCGACUGGGUGUUAUGCUGGCCACUUCUUCGAACACCAAAACAUUCACGACCCCCAGACAGACAGACAACCCCAAGAAAAAGGUUGGAGUAGUAAACUGGCUGAUACCAUCGAUGUCUUGAGAGAAUUCGUUCCUGCACCAUUGAUCCCUGUGGAUUUUGACCGGUAUACUGGGGAAGUGGCCAUCAAAAAAGAAUGGGUUUCUGGUGCUACCUUCGUUGCUGGGUUUACUUUAGGGAAAUUGGUGUUUGGUGGCCUUGGCGGUGGUGGAAGGGAUGGAAUUGGAAAGGGAGGGAGGGCUCGUUAA